AUGUUAUCAAACGUGGUCUACGCCAGCAGUUUGCUGUCCGCUCUCGUUGCAGCUGCACCUGCGCCCCAGGUCCCUGGCUACACAGGUGCCGCUGCCAGCUUCCCCGUCUCCCAACCCACGGGACCUUUGGCGACGUCUUUCGGGCCCGACUCUCAGAUUCCCGCUACUCCAACAAGGCCAGUUACAUUACCCCCACGGAAGAGUCCCAAUCCCACGGGGCCAACAAGCCACGGACCCUUUACAGGGACUCCGACUACCACUGGCGCAUUGAGAGCGAAUACCACAUUGGCGCAAACAAUCGCGCCACAGCCUCCUAGUCCCGCUCAGACCUACUUUAACCCUCAGGGUGUGCUCCUCAAUCCCGCUCCUGUGCCAUACAUGCCCGCUGGUGGUCUGGGUACCAAUGGAACCCAGCCCGUUUACCAGGUAAACUCGGACUUCGAUUUCCACUCUCUCUCCCUUGGUCUGUACCACGAGUACAUUGAGCUCGAUCUCUUCAACAAUGGCCUUGCGGUCUUCUCCGAGCAGGAUUUCAUCGAAGCUGGGUUGACUGCUGAGGACCGCGCCUACAUCGCCUUCAUGGCCAUUCAGGAGACUGGUCACGCGACGGUCAUCAGCAAUAUGCUCGGCCCCGCUGCCCCCGUUCAGUGCACAUACGACUACCCGUUCCGGACGGUCCGCGAGUUCAUCGAUUUCAACCAGAAGCUUACCAGCUGGAGCGAGGCCAGUGUCUUCGGUUUCCUCGAGCACCUCGACAGCCGAGCGGCCGCCCAGCUGCUCCUGCAGACCAUCUCGGUCGAGUCUCGUCAGCAGAUGUCCUUCCGCCAGAUGCUCGGCCUCCAUCCCAUGCCCGUAUGGCAUGAGGCUAGCAUCCCGCAAUCUUGGGCCUGGUCAUAUCUUGCACCCUACAUCAGCUCGUGCCCGGCCAAUCAGACGCGACUCCCGUGGCAGAAUUUCCCUGCCCUCUUCAUCGUUAACCAGCCCAACCCGAACCGCAUCUCUCCUAACGACACCCGGCCAAGGGAGGUUACCGGCAGGCGGGUUGCUGAUCCCAGUGACUCCACAAUCCCGAACAAUGCGUCCUGCGUGAACCUGAACGUCACUGGCUACAGCUGCGGCCCAGCCAUUACCCGCAACCGCACCGAGCCGCUCUCCUUUCCCGGCAGACUGGUCAACAUGACCUGGGAGGCUCCCGGCAUGGCCGUCGGCCCGAACAACAGCUACAUCACCAACAGCACCGCGGGUGCACCCAGGUUCGCCGCCUGGGUCUCGCAGCUGAAUCUGACGUACACCCCCCUCCAGGUCACGGGUAACAACACGGGAUUUACCUACCAGCCUGCGGACGUGGUCUGGGAGGGCGAUCCAGCUGUUAAUUCAACCAUGUUUGUGGCGCUGACGGAUGCGAAUCCGUUCCUUACGCCGUUCAAUCUCACGCUGAUUAAUCCGCACGUGGUUGCGCUUGGGUUGUACCAGGCUGGUUGA